AUGUCCGGUGAAUCAACCUCAGAGCCUGCGGAGCAAGACAAAGGAGGUCCAGAGCAUCAAGUUCCAAGAUCCAGCCAGGAUAGCCCAGAAACCAUUCGCAUUGAGAAAGCAGAGAAGGUGUAUGGGGCCACAUCCGAACUGCAGGCAUUGCCCAGAGAAUCCAUGCCAGCACUUUCCCUGGCCAUUGUCGGUGUGGAGUGCGAUGAUAUCUCGUGCCAGACCUCUUCACCGAAAAGCAUUCUGGAUGCUAAGGGGCACAGUGGAAGCAGCUUUCUUCAAUUCCUUGAGUUCAUCCAACGCUUGGAAUGGUCCCAGAGACCAGUUGGCAUCAUGUGGGAAUGUGUGAAAAACCUGGACUCUCACAGGAAGACUGUGAAUGAAAAGGGGACAGAAGUCAUCAAGGACCUCAUGCGCAAGCAGGGGUAUGUGUCGAGCUUCCAGGUGGUCAACACGAAACACUUUGCUUUGCCACACAGCAGGAACAGGGUCUAUGGAAUCAGCUUGAAAAUGGACCUGGCGGGUCCGGGGGCUGAGCAGAAAGCUGGAGAGAAGCUCUCGUCAGCGUGGUUCGUCGUCCCCAGUGGAGACACUUUGCAACGACACAAAUGGAGAACAGUCCACCCAUGCCUUCUUCCGCAGAAGCGGUUUUUGUACUUGGACGAGAAUGGGCUGCACCUGAACAAGUCUCCGACAUUUGUGAUGAGCCUGCAAGGCCUGUCAAGCCGUGAGCUCAAAGCUGCAGGCCUGACAGAUCUUACAGUCAAGCAGGCCCAAGAGCUCGCUGGCAAUGGUUUCACAGCCAAUGUGGCUGCCAGUGUAUUGGUUUCCAUUCUGGUGUACAUCCUGGAAUAG